GCUACCCAUUUGAUGUACGGUGUGGUGUCAAACAAUACUGUUUACAUUGUUAAUACAAAUCACGUUUACAAAGAAUAACCUUGGAGAAGGUCGACUGUAUCGAUUUAAAUAUUGGUUUAUUACAUUGCUAGAUUCAUAAAGUGUGUUAGCUUUGUUAGGUGAAUUUGGCUAAACAUUAAGAGGCCUUAUGGAGGAAGUCGAUGGCGCAAAACCUUCAUAUCCUGAAGAAGGAGAAAUUCACCCAAAGGGUCUGCCUGCAAACAUUUGUCAGCCGUGUUUAAAUGAAGGUAAUGAGAUCAGCUCCCAUAAAUUCUGUAUAGAAUGCAAUGAAUACCUUUGCACUUCGUGUAUAGAGGCUCACAAUAGAUUCAGUACUACAAAGACCCAUCAUUUGACAGAAAAUAAGCUGGAAUUGAAUUUCAAUCAAAGCAUAAACGCAGGAAGAUGUCUUUACCAUAUGGAUAAAUAUCUCGACCACUUUUGUGUAUCACAUGACGAAUUUUGUUGCGUCUCUUGUUUGAACACAAGGCAUCGGUCAUGCCAGCAAAAGCUUAGUAUAAAUGAAAUGUCAGAAACAGUUACAGACAAGGAUUUAGCCGAUGCUGAAGAAAGAAAAGAAAAGUGCAUAAUGAAAAUAGAAGAAGUGAAAAAAACAUGCACAAAAGGCAUUGAUACGUUAGAUAUUGAAAAACAAGAUGCAACGAAUUUCCUCGAAUCAUUUCGAACUGACUUGUUUGUUGCUUUCAAUAACCUUCAUGAAAAUAAUACUGCAACUAUAGAAAGAAAAUAUAGAACGAUUCGGACAAAAUUAGAAGCUGAUUUGAAAACAUGCAGUGACAUGGAAAACAAUUUAGAAAAGGGACACGUAGCUUUAAAAUGCAAAGAUGAAGCUAUGCAUUUUAUCAAUAUGAGGAAACUAUUGAGAGAAACAGAUUUGACACAAGCGACUGCAGAAGCAAUGGCAAGUGAUGCCAACGUAAAACAUUUCCAACUGACGAGAAGCUCACUUUGUUUACAGAUCUUAAAGCAACCAGAACUGCUAAUUGAAACUGCAGACCGUACACGUAUUUAUAAAGAAAUUGGAACAUCUACCAUUCUCCGUGAAUUUGAUAUUGGGCCUUCUGAUAAAGGGUUUUAUAAAAGUGUGUACAAAGAACCGUCUAGUUUGAUAAUACCGCUCAAAGAGUCAGUAUUUGUUUAUGAUACAAUGAAAAAUGUAUCUGAGGAAAUUGAUUUUCCAGAUUUGGUAUCGUCUGUAGAGAAAGUGAAACAUAUUUUUUUCGUUGCACUACCUAACAAGGGUGUAGUUGUUUGUCCAACGGGAAAUAAUAAAAUGCAGAUGGUUCUAAAGACGAAUGAGCCAUGCAUAGGAAUAGUUAAAUCGUCAUCCAGCUUCUAUGUCACUGUUCGUAUUGAAAAGGUUGGUCAACUCCGUACAUAUACAUCUGCAGGAAAACUGGAUGAUGUACUUAAAUCAAACGAAAAUGGUGACAGUGUAUUCACAGAUAGAAUUGGGGAAGUUAAAAUAUCAAAAGAUGAAAAAAAGAUAUAUGUUGUUGAUACCGUAACUGGAAUAGUGAUAGUUUCUGCAAAACCAUUCAGUUUAAUGAAAAUUAUUUCAAACGUCAAAGAACCAAAAGGCAUUGCUUUGAUUCAGGCUGAAAGCAUGUUUAUUUUGCUGUCCGACGGUACAGUCACACAAACGACAGAUGAUGGGAAAACUUUUAACACUGUCAUAGAAAAGGGCACACCACUUAGGACGUUUCGCAGGAUGCAUGACAAGGCAUUACCAGGUGGUUAUCAUUCAAUCUGCUGGGAUGGAUUCGCUACUUUAUUUGUAAUUUGUUCACAGAAAGGAAACCUGAAAAUACUGCAACAUGAACUGAAUUUAAGAAAUGAAUAUUGAACGUCUUAUUUUCAAGGUUAUGGUUUGAAGAAAAGGAAUAACUGUAUCAUUUGAUAUUAAUCUUGCUCUAUAAUAUUCGGUAAACAAAGGUAUUGUCAUGCAACUAAAAUGUUCCUUCUUCAAUCUAAAUUGACAGACAGUCACAGAAUUGAUUCGAUGUGGUAACGUUCAGAAAUGAUUUCCUACACAUUUUCUGACAGGCCUGGGGCCAUUACUUUGCAAAAGGAACGCAUUCCAUAACCAUCACAUUGGGGUUUGGUGCAGUAUCAGUACCGGUACCAUUACUCGAUUUUAGGCAAGUAAUGCAGUACAUUACCGAUACUUGGACCAAGUAAAUCAGUAUCAUUACCAUUACUUUUGAACAGAAGACAAUUUCUUUUUGCCAAGCUAAGAUGUUUGUAGCUUAUAUUUACCAAAAACAAUUAAACUUUUCAUGUACAUCUGUAUGCAUAUAUUAUUAAACUUCUUAAUAUAUGAGAUUAUUUCAGUUGAUAUAUGGGCAUAUAAACCAUUUGCUUGAUUAUCUGCUUUCUUUAUAGAUGACUCAAGAUAUUAAUCAUUGUGUUUACCUUUAAAUAAAAAUACAACCAAACUGAA